AUGCCUGCGAGAAAGAUACGACCGUCGGUUGAACGGUCUGAUGAAGGAAUGGGCUUGCCGCCAUCCUCACAAGUCGGUGUGCCGAUACCAAGCUCUCAAAUGACAGAGACAUCACAAUCAGCAAAGAAGCUCAAGAAGUAUCGGCCUGUGGGGACGUUACCAUACGAGCUUCAGGACAUCAUCAAUGUUUACAUCGAGGAGCAGCUCUUUUCACAAGCGAUCUCUUUACUGAUGAACACAUUGAUCGCCGGUACUGAUGGCACUGUCGAUGGACGGACUCUUCCAGCCUAUGUUUCUUCUCCUCAAGUACUUGCAGUUGUUGCUACGUUAGCUGUGCAUCCCAGCUGGACCAAUCGAUCCAGGGAACCGGAAAGCGUCAAGAUUGCCAACGAUGCACUAUUCCUGCUCAAGCAUGUCAACUCUAUCAUCGGUGCUGCCAAUGCCAACUUCGCAUCAGCUUUCAAGUAUCUCGGUAAGCUGGACCCGCGAGAUAGACAACGACGCACAGGAGAUGUUACCAUCGACGGUGACGACGAUGGCAAAUUUCAGAUAGAUCUAGCCAACAAAGGCGCAAUCUGGAAUCUAGCCGAGGACUUCUGGGCAGUGGUCGGCUGGGCCUUCAACUGUUCAUGUCAAUAUCCCAAACGCUGGGAGAGGUGGAGACCUUGGCUUGAGUUCAUGCUUGAUGCACUGGAGGAUGAUCUUCAAGAGAGAGCAUCCAUGGCGGAACCCCUCAAGAAAGAUGGCAAAGAAGCUGCAGCCAAUACACUGUUGUCGGAAAGUUUGAUUGCACAAUACUGUCUCACUGUAGGUGACGGUAGAGCCGGUAAGCGAAGAGUCAUGAGAGCAAUCCUUGCCAAUGGUUGCAAGAAGGACUUGGACGAGUUUCAUGAGAUCUGGAAGAACGAGACUAAGCCUCCCAAAGAAAAGAAGCAGGAAGAGUUGGUGCCGAGGAAGAAGAUUGACUUUGAAAAUGAAGAGUAUGGUGACUACAUGGAUAUGGACGAGUCUGAGGAAGAAGAAGAAGACUUGCCCCCAACACCGAAGGCAACGACCUCGGGGCGUCACUCACGUAGAAGAGCACGACCCUCUUCAGCGACACCAGAUGCUGAUGAAGAAGGCGAAUCUAGUGUGUCUUCUGACUAUGGAGGCUUCCAAGCUAUUCAACUACGCCAGCGUCUAAUUGCUCUACUCACACAGACAUCAUUCCAUUAUCAACAUGCAUUCAUGGAGGCUGAAGAUUGCUUCGACCUGGUGACAGAGUUCAUCCGUCCGCUACCUCUGGACAUCUUCACUCUGUUCGUAACGCCAUCGAGCCCCUGGCUGGAACCUCAUUCGCAUGCGUCACUAUGCCAGAAUCUUCUUCGCCCGAUUAUCUCUUCGGAAGCGCCAACCUACCACGCCGACACCAUGACACAGAUCGAGUUCGAGAAACACUUCCUACCUUACCCUGCCAACUACACCAAUUACGUGGAGAACGCAAGGGUUAGCUUACUGGUGGAAGCCCUGUUGAGAUUGUUGUUCAGACACUCUGCACUGAUUGUUAAUGACAGUCUAAAGAAAAAGCUGGACGAAGGUAUCAAAGCCAGAGAAGUCAAGGCGAGAUCCGGCGGCAGGAAGUUGGUUGGUCUGAAAGAGGCGGAAGAGGAGAAGGCAGUCAAGAUGCUGGCAAACAGCGCUAUGAGGAUGAAGAUGGUAGUUCAGGUUGCUAGUGCUCAGCAGCAGUAG